AUGAAAUGGUAUAUACAAGGGUUGGUGUUUGGAUACCUCAGUGCCCCCCAAAGAACUGGGAGACUAGGUCGUGGUCUGGAGAUGGGAGACGGCCAUCAGGAGCACUCCACUCGCAACUGGGGUUGCCUCGCUCACUCGAUCGAGCUUGCUCUUGGCUCGAUCGAGUUGUGCCCGAGUUGGUUGCCCUUUCCUUCCCUAAAACCUGCUCCUGCAAGACUUAGCGAGAAAAAUCAUAAAAAUAAAGAGAAAUAUGUACAAGAUAGACAUGGGAAUUCCUCCCAAGUGAGCUUGUUUUAG